GGGCUUUGCACUCAUUUAUUCAGGACAAACUCAAAACACCAAAACCAGAAGCUCUUUGUCAAAUCAAAUCCACUAUCUCUUAAACACUCUGCCAACCCUCCCUCCCUCCUUUUGGUUCUCAAAAGAAUCAAAAAGGACAAACAAAAGAGAGAAAUUUAAGAAAAAAAAAACAAAUCCAUUUCUCUUUCUCUUUUCCCUUCUUUGAAUAAUUUAUAGAAGAAGAAGAAGAUAUACAAAGACAAACAAAAGCUCAUUGCUUUUGUUCAAGUGCCCAUAAUGUGGAACAGAGACAUGUUGUCAAGGGUCACCGUGUUCAUGUUAUGGCUAUUGUUUUCUUCUUGGGUUUUUUCAGUUUCAGCUACUGUUUCUUAUGACAGUAAAGCUAUCAUCAUUAAUGGCAGGAGAAGGAUUCUUCUUUCUGGCUCCAUUCAUUACCCCAGAAGCACUCCGCAGAUGUGGCCUGAUCUUAUAGCAAAGGCUAAAGAAGGAGGCUUGGAUGUUAUACAAACUUAUGUUUUCUGGAACGGACACGAGCCUUCUCCUGGAAAAUAUUAUUUUGACGAUAGGUAUGAUCUGGUUCGAUUUAUUAAGCUGGUGCAACAGGCUGGACUUUAUGUUCAUCUCCGGAUUGGUCCCUAUGUUUGUGCUGAAUGGAACUUUGGGGGAUUUCCUGUGUGGCUGAAAUAUGUCCCCGGCAUUGUUUUCAGGACAGACAAUGGACCUUUCAAGGCUGCAAUGCAAAAAUUCACAGAGAAGAUAGUCAGCAUGAUGAAAGCAGAAAAGCUGUUUCAGACUCAAGGAGGUCCAAUAAUUAUGUCUCAGAUUGAAAAUGAAUUUGGUCCUGUUGAAUGGGAAAUUGGUGCUCCAGGUAAAGCUUACACCAAAUGGGCUGCACAAAUGGCAGUGGGACUUGGCACUGGAGUCCCAUGGAUUAUGUGCAAGCAAGAUGAUGCUCCUGACCCUGUGAUAAACACCUGCAAUGGAUUCUACUGUGAAAAUUUUACUCCCAACGCGAAAUACAAACCAAAGAUGUGGACAGAGAACUGGACUGGCUGGUUUACAGAGUUUGGUGGUGCUGUCCCUACCAGACCUGCAGAAGACAUAGCAUUUUCAGUUGCACGAUUCAUUCAGAAUGGUGGUUCAUUUGUUAAUUAUUAUAUGUACCAUGGAGGAACCAAUUUUGGGCGGACAGCUGGUGGUCCCUUCAUUGCUACCAGCUAUGACUAUGAUGCUCCUAUUGAUGAAUAUGGGCUACCAAGGGAACCAAAAUGGGGACAUCUGAGAGAUUUGCAUAAAGCCAUCAAAUUAAGUGAACCAGCUUUAGUUUCUGCAGAUCCUACCGUGACUUCACUUGGAAGUAAUCAGGAGGCUCACGUAUUCAAGGCAAAGUCUGGUGCAUGUGCUGCAUUCCUUGCAAACUAUGACACAAAAUACUCUGUAAAAGUAACUUUCGGAAAUGUGCAAUAUGACUUACCAGCUUGGUCCAUCAGCAUCCUUCCCGACUGUAAAACUGCUGUUUUCAACACUGCCAGGCUUGGUGCCCAAAGCUCACAAAAGAAGAUGGAAACUGUAAACAGCGCAUUCUCUUGGCAAUCAUAUAAUGAAGAAAGCCCCUCUGCUGAUGAUCAGGAUGCAACUGUAAAAGACGGGCUCUUGGAACAGAUAUAUGUCACCAGAGAUGCUUCAGAUUAUUUGUGGUACAUGACAGAUGUACAAAUAGAUCCUAAUGAAGGAUUUUUGACAAGUGGACAAGAUCCUUCUCUGACCAUUUGGUCAGCAGGUCAUGCUUUGCAUGUUUUCAUUAAUGGUCAAUUAUCCGGGACUGCGUAUGGGGAAUUGGACAAUCCAAAAUUAACAUUCAGCAAAAAUGUCAAACUACGAGCUGGGAUUAACAAGAUUUCUUUAUUAAGCAUUGCAGUGGGACUUCCAAAUGUUGGCGUUCAUUUUGAGACAUGGAAUGCUGGGGUUCUAGGUCCUGUUACAUUGAAGGGUCUCAAUGAGGGGUCAAGAGACUUAUCUAAGCAGAAAUGGUCUUACAAGAUUGGUCUAAAAGGGGAGGCCUUAAGCCUUCAUACCGUUACUGGAAGCUCCUCUGUUGAAUGGGUCAAAGGAUCGCUAUUGGUAAAGAAACAACCUAUGACUUGGUACAAGACAACUUUUAAUGCACCGGGUGGCAAUGAACCAUUGGCUUUAGAUAUGAGUAGCAUGGGAAAAGGGCAAAUAUGGAUAAAUGGCCAGAGCAUUGGACGCCACUGGCCUGGAUAUAUAGCACGUGGUGCGUGUGGUGCUUGUGAUUAUGCUGGAACUUAUAGUGAUAAGAAAUGCCGAACUAAUUGUGGAGAGCCGUCUCAAAGAUGGUACCAUGUUCCACGCUCAUGGCUGAACCCAAGUGGAAACCUCAUGGUUGUGUUUGAAGAAUGGGGUGGUGAUCCAUCUGGAAUUUCUUUGGUCAAAAGAACAACCGGAAGUGUUUGUGCUGAUAUUUUUGAAGCGCAACCAACAAUGAAGAAUUGGGGAAUGCUAGCUUCUGGCAAAAUCAAUCGACCCAAAGCCCAUUUGUGGUGUCCUCCUGGGCAGAAAAUUUCUGAAAUAAAGUUUGCUAGUUAUGGAAUGCCCGAGGGGACUUGUGGAAGCUUUAGUGAGGGAAGCUGCCAUGCCCACAGGUCAUAUGAUGCGUUUCAAAAGAAUUGCAUUGGAAAACAAUCAUGUUCGGUAACUGUGGCUCCAGAAGUUUUUGGAGGAGAUCCAUGUCCAGAUAGCAUGAAGAAGCUCUCAGUUGAAGCUGCCUGCAACUGAAGACUAAAGAGAAAGAACUGUGGUAAACCAAAAAAAUUGAAGGCCAGACUAGUUCAUAUUCAGUACGUAGAUACUCCCUCACAGCCUCUGUGAGUUUUAAAGGUAGUUCAAGCUUACACAUCCUAUACUGCAAAGAUGAUAUGGAUUUGACUCUGCUAGAAAACAAUAAAGAAGAGAGUGAACACAGCACACUCUGUUUGGCCAAUGCCAAAUAUUGUUUGUGAAAUGGUAGAAAGGAUGCUUUGUGUACAUAGAGAAGCUAUUAUUUGUCUGAUAAAGCUUCAUACAUAAUACUUAGGAUCACUUUCUAAAAUCUAGGAUUACUCUAGCUUGCUGGAAUCAAUUUAUGCCUGUAAGGCUCAAGUGGAAAGCAAUUUCAUUGCUUCUCUUUGUAAAAAUAAACGGGAAAGUAAUAAAUCCAAGUAUUUCAAAAGCAA